UUUAGCUCUAAGCUUUCUUCAUCCUUCUCCUCCUCUAUAUAAUUUUUUCCCCUUUUUUGUGUUCAACAUCUAAAAAGGAACAAAAUAUAUCUCGGAUCAAUCCUUUUAAAGUUUGGAGUCGCUUCUAAUAGGACAGAGAUGGGGGGUUCGUCGGGUUCUUCGCCAUGCGCGUCUUGUAAACUGCUGAGACGUCGCUGCGCAAAGGACUGUAUCUUCGCUCCGUACUUCCCACCGGACGAUCCUCACAAGUUCGCCAUCGUCCACAAGGUCUUCGGCGCCAGUAACGUCAGCAAAAUGCUUCAGGAGCUUCCGAUUCACCAGAGAGCAGAUGCAGUGAACAGUUUGGUGUUUGAAGCGAACGCUCGGGUGAGAGACCCAGUCUAUGGAUGCGUGGGAGCAAUCUCGUAUUUACAGGACCAAGUCUCGCAGCUUCAGAUGCAGCUAGCAGUUGCUCAGGCCGAGGUUCUCUGCAUCCAGAUGCAUCACGACACGACCAUAGUACAAUCCCAGGUGUUUAUAGACCAAGACGACAAAGCCCUUUUGUCGAACAGCAACAACAUCAACAACAACAUUAACAGCAACCACCACCACCUGGGUUAUGCAAUGUCUGGACAUUUCAGCACUAACUUUGCCUCUUCAAGCAGUGCAAUGCAGAUGCAGAUGCAGAUGCAAUUACAAGACCCUCUCAAGCAAGAGUCUCUCUGGACUUAGUCAAAAUCAAUUAAUUAAUCAGUGUCGGUUGGAUUUUCUCAAUGAAUGGGCUUCGAGAAGUUUCCCAACGUAGAAGUCAAAAGCCAAAGUGUAACGCAUGUGACGAUUAGAUGUAGAGAGUUUUAUUUGUUAUUUUGUUCAGAACCGAAAUAGAUCAAGGGUAUUUUGGUCUUCUGCUUUAAACGCCCGGAAACGCUU